CAGAACAAUACUUCCGGUACCCGAUCGUCUGACCUUCGGUCCGUGGAGAGGCGAUUGUCAGUCGCUGUUUGCUGGGGAGAAAAUAUAAAAAAUCCUUUUUAACACUUACAUCAUCAAGAAGAUUCUUCAUUUGAUGGGUACUCAACAACUGUGAAGCUCAUGCAGUCGAAGGCUUAUUUGUUGCUGAAAAGGGAAUAUAUUCAACUUCAAGAAGCUGGAUUCUUUGGCAUUUCUGCAUACCCAGUUAGAGAAGAUCUACUAGAAUGGGUGGCCACAGUGCAAGGAUUGAAAGAUUCUCUCUGGGAAGGUGCUUCCCUUCAACUCUCCUUGAGGUAUACAGAGGAAUACAAGUCAGUCCCUCCUACUAUCACUUUCAAUACAAUUCCAUUUCAUCCCAAUGUUGAUGCAAUCACAGGCAAGCCAUGUGUCUACUUUCUAGAUAAUCCCAGGAAAGGGGAUGAACAUUACUCCUUGACAACCAUACUUCUUACCAUUCAGGUGAUGUUGUCCAACCCAGUACUGGAAAAUCCAGUCAAUAUGGAGGCCGCCAAGAUGUUAAUGGAGAAUCCACCACGAUAUCGAGAAAUGGUUUUGGAAUGUGUCAGAACCUGCAAGCAGCUCAAAGCAACUGGAGUGAACUUCGCAGUUGAAUGUUUUCCUGUGGCUCACUUUCAAAGCCAAACUUGCAGCAAACUGCGGAGAAUUAAAAUGAUUGCUUUUGAUGAAUAUCACAAGACGUGGACUGAAAUUGCCACAUCAAAAUCAAAUGAGAGCUGCAAAGAUUCAAUGCCCAGGCCCUGCCUUAAUCUUCAAGCGAUAUAUUGUGGAGAAGAGGAAUUACAAAAAGAAAUUGAAGCACAGAAUAAAGAAUUUGAUGAGAUUAUCUAUGGAACAUUUGGUAAAGAAAGGAAGACUCAAGUAACAAUGAAUCAGAAAUUGGAACGGAUCAACCGCAUGAAGAAGAGCUACAUUAUGGACAGGUUCUCUGAGGCUUCAACUUCAGUACGUCCAGUUCUAUCGAUGAACAUCAAAGCAGAGCAAUCCAACACUUGUGCAAAUGAGGAGGAUCUAUGGACCAAAGAAGUAGAUAAUUUAGUGAACUGGACAACUGGACUCAAUGUAGAUGAGCUGGAGGAUGAUUGAGAAACAAAAAAAUUCCAAAUCCUUCAUGAGCCCAAACCAGUCUAUAAAUACACUAUGUAAUCAUUAAAUGGUUUUUCAUCCUUAGUCCAGCUCGUUUCUCACAUUCACCCUCUGCAAUAUUCUGAUGAUUGUUGCUUAAUGGUAGCUUGCAAAUUAAAACCUCCUUCAGGCAUUGUUGCCACUGCUGUUUCAGGAAGCAAAAUGAUUUGCAAGCACCAAUCAAGUCUUCAUAGUCCUUUGUCAGCUUGCUGCUAUCAAUAACUUUUUUUUAGUGUUCUUAGGUAUCUCUGAUAACAAGAAUAUUUUAAAAAAUUAAAUGUGUUUUCAAAAAUUUUAUAAAAGUUUAAAAGAUGAACAAUAUAUCACUUAACAACACAUUAGAAGGGAGUUGAAAGCCUUAAGUUAGUUUAAAAAAAACUUUUCUUGAACUUUCUUUACAAUGCAGUUCAGUGCACCAUUUCAAUUGAAUGGGGGUGUGCUUUAUCCACCAGCCACAGGUACCUUGAAGCCAAUAGGCUAAGACAAAGUCCCUUGACAUAACUGAAUUUGCUUUACACAAGUAUGUGAAAUGUUCGAUAUUUUCCAUUGCCCUCCUCCCAUGUGACUAUGUCUUUGACUAGAAGAUCUGGCAUGAGAUUAAGGAAUACUUGGAGAUUUGUCCUGAACUGGGCUAUGUGCUGAAUGGACUGUUCCAGGACACGCACAGUGAAGCAAAUAUCUGGUGAGUGAAACCAUCAGUGCAGUGAAAGGUACUCUUUAGUAUGCUGUAAACUCACUGAUAUUUUCAGGUAAGAUGGUGUCUUUCGCAACACACACAAAAUGCUGGAGGAGCUCAGCAGGUCAGGCAGCAUCUGUGGAAAUGUAUAAACAGUUGACUUUUUGGGCUGAGACCAGAACUGGAAAGGAAGGGGAAGAUGUCAGAAUAAAAAGGUGAGGGGAGGGGAAGGAUGCUAGCAAGAAAGUGAUAGGUGAAGCCAGGUGGGUGGGAAAGAUGAAGGGCUGGAGAGGAAGGCAAAUGAUAGAGUGGAUGAAAGGGAAAAGGAAUGAGGAGGGGACUUGGGGAGAUGAUAGGUAGGGGAGAAAAGUUAAGAGGCCUGAGUGGGGAAAAGAAGAAGAGGGGAGGGGGAGGGUAUUUAUUUUUUAGUGGAAGGAGCAAUUGAUAUUCAUGCCAUCAGGUUGGAGGCUACUGAGAUAGAAUACAAGGUGUUGUUCCUCCAUCCUUAGGGUGGGCCGCUCUUGGCACAAGAGGAAACCAUGGACCGACAUGUCAGAAUGGGAAUUAAAAUCUUUGGCCACUGGAAAGUUCAGCUUUUGGCAGAUGGAGAUGGAGGUGCUCAACGAAGUGGUCCCCCAGUUUACGAUGGGUUUUCACCAAUGUAGAGGAGGUCACAUCAGAAGCACUGGACACAAUAGACAACAGGUGUUGUGUUGCGUCACCUAGAGGGACUGUUUGGGGCUCUGAAUGGGAAUGAGGGAGGUGACUGGAUUGGUGUUGCACUUUAGCCACUUACAAGGAUAAGUACCGGGAGGGAUGAAUGGAUAAGGGAAUCACAAAGACUGUGUUGUUCAUGACUAGAUGGUGCAAAAUAGCAUACUCAGAAGCCCAGGACUGUGUGCUGAGAGACACAUUUGAAGCAGUAAACAAACAUUGCAUGUGCUGUUUAAGCAAGGGCCACAGCUUUAGGCUUCACUGCUAUACAAAUGCAAAAUGUGAAAUCUGUUCUAAUAUUCCAUGGACUAUUUGCUUUACAGUUGUAAAUGAAUGAUAACUGAUAAUGUGCAAAUAUUGAAUAAUGGAAGUAACAUGAUGUUAUGGGAUUGUUGAUUUGAGCAUUCUUUUCUACAUACCUUUUUUAUAAAUAAAGUUUACAAUUUAAAAAUGA